UUGCGCUAGAAAAUUGGCGCGAAAUAACGCCAAUUUCUAAAGGUUAUGUUUGUUAUAUUAUAUUAGUGAUGAUUAGUGAUCAUUUUUUCUAAUGAUUUAAUCAGUAAUCGUCGGUAACGAAGGACAAGUUCUGAAAAAGGUGAAUUCGGUGAUAUGUUGGAGUGAUCAUUACACGAGUGAUUAAAAAAGGUUCAGAAAAAUUCGACAGGAUGGAAAUCAACAACUUACAUCGAAAAGAUAAAAUUGACAAUGACGCAAAAGAUAGCUGUACAAAUCUGAAAAAAUCGAUCCCACUUGUAAAUGAGCUAUUCCACAUACAUUGUAAAGUUGGGGACGGCACAUUUAGCUCUGUCUUUUUGGCUACUCUGAAGUCUUCUAAUAGACAUACAAAGUUUGCAUUGAAACACUUAAUUCCCACUUGUCAUCCUGAAAGAAUCGAACGUGAAUUACAAUGUUUGCAACAGAUGGGAGGCAAAGAUCAUAUUGUUGGCAUAGAUUUAUGUUUAAGAAAUCAUGGUUCAGUAGUGUUUGUAAUGCCAUAUAUGAAGCAUGAUAAAUUUUCAGAAUAUGUCAAAGAUAUGACUGUAGAAGAAACAAAGGAUUAUAUGAAAGCUCUAUUAAGCGCUGUACGAAGAGUUCAUCAGUUUAAUAUCAUACAUAGAGAUGUGAAACCCAGUAAUUUUCUCUACAGCCGUAUCAAUAGGAAAUAUUUAUUGGUAGACUUUGGGCUUGCACAGCAAUACACUGAAUACAAUGCAAAGAAUUUGAAGACAAAAAUAAUAAAUGAAGGAACAACUGAAAUACAGAGCAUGAAACGGAAGAGAUCUGACGAAAAUAACUUAAGUUUUCAGCUUAAUUCAAAUAUAGCAAAAAAGAAUAUAGAUAACAAAUGUAAUUGUUUUGGGAAACCUAAAGUGUGCACAUUAUGUUUAACAAGACCACAACAAACAGCGCCUCGUGCAGGCACACCUGGGUUUCGUGCCCCUGAAGUUUUAUUGAAACAUCCAUCACAAACUCCAGCAAUUGAUAUUUGGGCUUGUGGUGUGAUGAUGCUAUGCAUACUCAGCGGUACGCAAGUUUUUUUUCGUUCGCCCGAUGACUGCACAGCUCUAGCGGAAAUAACAACGAUAUUUGGAUCUCGCAAAGUAGAACAAUGUGCAGAAAAAUUAGGUAAGAAAAUUAUUUUUAGUGAAAAUUUACCAGGCAUUGAUAUUAUGUCUUUGUGCCUAAAGUUACGAAAAAGAAACAGAAGCAUGAUGCAUGAUAGAGAAAAUAGUAUAUGCAAGGUGUUGCCAAAUAUUGAGUAUCCCAAGGAAGCAUACCAGCUUUUGACAAAACUUCUAGAUCUAGAUUAUAAAACACGUAUCACUGCUGAACAAGCAUUAUCCCAUCCAUUUCUGAGUUUGUGAUAUACUGGUAUCUUUUAUAAAGAAUGUGUUUCUAAAGAUACUUAAAAUCAAGGAAAGGAGAGUGUGUUUCUUUCUAUGUAUAAGAUACAUAUGUAAAGAUCAUAUUUUAGCAUCUAUAUGUAUUUAUCAUCUCCUCAAAAUAACUUUAGUUAUAUGUUUUUGUUAAAAUUACUUUUUGAAUUUCUUUAAAUAAAUUGUUAAAAAUAAAGGAUUUUCUUAUGAUUAUAUUUCAAA